AAAUAUUAAGCAUUUUUUUUAAUGAAUUUGUACCUUGAUGUCAUUCUUUUGUUGUUUUCCGUUGUGAGCUGUAGUAUUUAGUAGGUUUCAGAUAUUAUGAAAUUUGAUUAAUCGUCGAUACCAAUUUUUGAAUUUAAAACGUUCAAAUAUGUUUGAAAAACUAAAUCGAAGUGGUUGUUUUUGUAUUUUUAAACGACACUACGUCAGAUUGUUAGAAGUUGGCCAAUUAAAUGUACCGAAAACGAUUGAAAAAUAUGAGACUGGUCAGUUAUUUUUUCAUCGUAUUUUCGGAUAUCGUGGCGUAAUCUUGUUCCCGUGGCUGGCGAGGGUAUACGAUCGUGAUAUAGUUAAUAAAUCAGAAAGUGCUGUUGGCAAAGACGUCAAAGGAAAAACACAUACAUUUUACCAAACCUUAAUUGAUGAAAGGGACUGUCCGUUUAUUAGAGCUCAGACAGAAGCUGUAACUUUUCUUGGUAAUCAAGAUACGAGUCGUAGUUUGUACGCGAUUCCAGGUCUAGAUUAUGUAGCUCAAGAAGAUAUACUUCCUUACACUGCUACAGAGAAACAGCCUUUGCAGCAUGAGUUGUUCGAUAAGUUUCUUAUGUAUUAUCCUAAAAAAGAACCACCGUUUGGCGCACAAGAAACAUUGCGUUCUUGGCAAAAGAAAAACCAUCCUUGGCUAGAAUUAUCCGACGUUCACAAAGAAACCACAGAAAAUAUUAGAGUGACAGUUAUUCCUUUUUACAUGGGCUAUAGAGAAUCUCAAACAAAUUCCGUAUACUGGUGGAGAUAUUGUAUUCGCUUGGAAAAUUUGGGCGAACAAAGUGUACAACUGAGGGAACGCCAUUGGCGAAUUUUUAGUUUAUCCGGAACAUUGGAGACGGUUCGAGGAAGAGGAGUUGUAGGACAAGAACCUGUCUUGUCUAAGAAAUCACCAGCAUUUCAAUACAGCAGUCAUGUGAGCCUCCAAGCUCCCAGUGGACAUAUGUGGGGGACAUUUCGAAUGGAACGAGAGGAUGGACAUUUGUUUGAUUGUCGAAUACCUCCGUUUUCGUUAGAAAGCAAACCAGACGAUAAGUUUCUAGACCAUUAAAUGUCGGGUGAUCCAUGCUUAAACAACUGGUGACCGAUUCAUCUUCUCCGUGUGGACAAUCGUCCUGCAGAUCACAUACCCAUUGCCGAGGUAUACAGUUUCGUUUACUAAACGUGUUAUAGUGGUUCAAGCACUAGAUAAUAUAUAUACAUACAAUUAUAUUAUUUUUAUGUUUUGAAAAAAAUAAUAAAUAAAACAACCAUUUUUGAGUAUUA